AGGCCCUUCAUUACUACAUUUUCCAUUCUUCCACAAUAUUUUCAUAGUUUCUCCAAUGGAAGUUGCACAGUGAAGGCUAAGUCAUAUUCAAUAUGAUGAAACCAUGGUUCUGGCUUUCUGUUCUAAACCUCUUCUUCUAUUUACACUACUAUCCUUCCCUUGCAGCUCUAACUACUACCAUCUCAGCAAAACAAUCUCUAUCUGGUGACCAAACUCUUAUUUCUGAAGGAGGAAUCUUUGAACUAGGUUUCUUCAAACCAGGUAAUUCCUCUAACUACUACAUAGGAAUAUGGUACAAAAAGGUCAUUCAACAAACAAUUGUUUGGGUAGCCAACAGAGACAAUCCUGUCUCUGACAAAAACACCGCCACCUUAAAAAUCUCAGAUGGUAAUUUAGUUAUAUUAAAUGAGUCUUCAAAACAAGUUUGGUCAACAAACAUGAAUGUUCCUAAGUCAGAUUCUGUUGUAGCCAUGCUUCUAGAUACUGGAAAUCUUGUUUUGAAAAAUAGGCCUAAUGAUGAUGUAUUAGAUUCUCUAUGGCAGAGUUUUGAUCAUCCAGCAGAUACAUGGCUUCCUGGUGGUAAAAUUAAGUUAGACAAUAAAACAAAGAAGCCUCAGUAUCUUACUUCAUGGAAGAAUAGAAAAGAUCCUGCAACAGGUCUUUUCUCUUUGGAACUAGACCCAGAAGGAACAUCUUCAUAUCUUAUUCUUUGGAAUAAGUCUCAACAGUAUUGGACAAGUGGAUCUUGGAAUGGACAUAUUUUUAGUUUGGUUCCUGAGAUGAGGUCAAAUUAUAUCUUCAAUUUUUCGUUUGUGUCGAAUGAUAAUGAAAGCUACUUCACCUAUUCCAUGUAUAACCCUUCGAUUAUAUCGCGGUUUGUGAUGGAUAUCUCAGGGCAGAUUAAGCAACUAACAUGGUUGGAAGGUAUCAAUGAGUGGAACUUGUUUUGGGCGCAGCCAAGACAACAUUGUGAGGCUUAUGCUUUAUGCGGUUCGUUUGGGAGCUGUACUGAAAACUCAAAGCCGUAUUGUAAUUGUUUGAGUGGUUAUGAGCCAAAGUCACAGUCUGACUGGGAUUUGGAGGAUCACUCAGGCGGGUGUCUGAGAAAAACAAGGUUACAAUGCGAGAGUUCUGGUCACUCUAAUGGGGUAAAGGACAGGUUCCGUGCAAUCCCCAACAUGGCAUUGCCUAAACAUGCAAAACCCGUGGUAUCAGGAAAUGUAGAGGAAUGUGAAUCAAUAUGCUUGAACAAUUGCUCUUGUUCUGCUUAUUCAUAUGAUAGUAAUGAAUGUUCAAUUUGGAUUGAAGACCUCCUAAAUCUGCAACAGUUACCUUCAGAUGAUAGUAGUGGAAAAACAUUGUAUCUAAAACUUGCAGCAUCAGAAUUUAGUGAUGCUAAAAACAAUAAUGGGGUGAUUGUUGGUGUUGUAGUAGGUGUGGUUGUCGGCAUAGGGAUUCUCUUGGCACUUCUUCUGUUUUUCAUGCUUAGGCGAAGAAAGCAAACAGUUGGAACAGGUAAGCCUGUGGAGGGUUCGUUGGUGGCAUUUGGAUACAGAGAUAUGCAAAAUGCGACUAAGAAUUUCUCUGAGAAAUUGGGAGGAGGAGGUUUCGGUUCUGUUUUCAAAGGAACAUUGGCUGAUUCAAGUGUGGUGGCAGUGAAGAAGUUGGAAAGUGUUAGCCAAGGAGAAAAACAAUUCAGAACAGAAGUGAGUACUAUAGGGACAGUGCAACAUGUUAACCUUGUUCGUCUCCGAGGAUUCUGUUCAGAAGGUACUAAAAGGAUGCUGGUUUAUGAUUACAUGCCUAAUGGUUCCUUGGAUUUCCAUUUAUUCUUGAAAAAAGACUCUUCUAAGGUGUUGGACUGGAAACUGAGAUACCAAAUUGCUAUUGGAAUUGCAAGGGGAUUAACAUACCUCCACGAGAAGUGCCGAGACUGUAUCAUACACUGUGAUGUAAAGCCAGAAAACAUUCUCCUAGACACCGAUUUUUGUCCUAAAGUUGCAGACUUUGGCCUGGCUAAGCUGGUCGGACGAGAUUUCAGCAGGGUCCUAACAACCAUGAGAGGAACAAGAGGCUACCUUGCUCCGGAGUGGAUUUCUGGCGUGGCUAUUACAGCCAAAGCUGAUGUUUAUAGCUACGGAAUGAUGCUUUUCGAGGUUGUAUCGGGUAGGAGGAACUCCGAUCCAUCAGAAGAUGGUCAAGUUACUUUCUUUCCUACCUUAGCUGCAAAAGUAGUUAUAGAAGGUGGAAGUGUCAUCACCCUUUUGGACCCUAGGUUGCAGGGAAAUGCGGACAUUGAAGAGGUUGCGCGAAUAAUUAAAGUCGCUUCUUGGUGUGUCCAAGACAAUGAAAAUCAAAGGCCAACAAUGGGUCAGGUAGUUCAAAUUCUUGAGGGAAUUUUGGAAGUGAAUUUGCCACCAAUUCCAAGGUCUCUUCAAAUGUUCGUUGAUAACGAUGAGAACGUGGUUUUCUACACUGAUUCUAGCUCGACUCAAAGUUCACAGGUAAAGAGUAACGUCUCAGCAACCUCUCAAGUCCAAAGCAAUAUCUCAUCUAGCUCCAAGUCUUCAGCAGAAAAUUAGGUUGUUUCUAUUGUUAUUUGUUGCUCAUACAAAAAACAAAAUGCCAUCCUUUGAUUUUAACAAAUGUAAUUGUAAAUUUGCAAUGUAUGGUUUGAAUUAAGCGAUUCAGUUUGGAUACACACUUCAGUCAAGCACUUAUGCUACAAGGGCUUAUCAUAUAAGUGCUUAUGUAUUAGCUAUUCAUAUGACAAAAAAUAAAAUAAAGUCAAAAUGUUUUCG